ACCUCUGUAAUCUUUUGACUACCACCCACAGGAUGGGUAUGGGGUGCAUAAUAAACAUAUUAAACUAUUAUUGUGUUACAUUUGUCAUGUAAUAUUUAUAUUACUUAUAUUAUUAUAGACGCGGCAGCGGCAAGCGGGAACAGGAACCUUGUCCUCAAUUUUUGCUUCUACCUGAGGUUCCCAGCAGCCCUGUGAUGGCCUAAUCAAGACCCACAUAACACUAACAUGUGUGGAUAAGAAAAGCUUUUGACACAGUAGACCACGACAUCCUACUCCACAAACUUGACCAUUAUGGUAUAAGAGGCCAUGCGCUUGCAUAUUUCAAAUCCUACCUUACUAAUAGGUAUCAGUUUUUUUUUUUUUAUAUUCGCCGGUAUUCAGUAUGUCACCAUUAAAGACACAGCAUCAUCAACACGGCCACUUGAUACUGGAGUUCCGCAGGGAAGUGUCCUUGGACCCCUGCUCUUCCUUAUUUACAUCAAUGAUCUUCCAAACGUACCCCAAUACCUGAAACCCAUUCUCUUUGCUGACAACACGAGUUAGGUCAUCUCUCACCCUAAUCUUGCCACCCUCAACACCAUUGUUAAAGAGAUGCUCAAAAUAUCAACUUGGAUGACAGCCAAUAAACUUACACUUAACACUGACAAAAGCUACUAUAUUAUGUUUGGUAGCAGAGCAGGUGUUGCGCAACUUAACAUUAAGAUCGACAACACUCUAAUUGCCAGACAUAAUGAGGGCAAAUUCCUUGGCCUAUACCUUGACAACAACCUGAAUUUCAGCACCCAUAUCCAGUACAUAACAAAAAAAAAAAUAUCCAAAACAGUUGGGAUCUUUUCCAAGAUACGACACUACGUGCCGCAAACUGCCCUUCUCACACUAUACCAUUCACUCAUUUAUCCAUACCUCACCUAUGCUAUUUGUGCUUGGGGAUCAACUGCAGCAACACACCUAAAGCCAAUAAUAACCCAACGAAAAGCCGCAGUGAGAAUAAUCAUUAAAUCCCAUCCCUGGCAACACACCCCCACGCUUCAUAGAUCUAAACUUACGCCCUGUUCAGAACAUCCACACUUACUACUGUGCAAUCUACAGGACCUUAAAUUCCAAUAUUAAUCUUGACCUAAAACGCUUUCUUGAUAGUUGUGACAGGACCCAUAGGCAUAACACCAGACACAAACAUCUCUACGACAUUCCCGUGUCCGACUAAACCUUUACAAAAAUUCAGUGUAUGUCAAAGGCCCUAAAAUCUGGAACACCCUACCUGAAAACUCUAGAACUGCUGACACAUUCAUCACCUUCAAAACUACCGUUAGAAAACAUCUUAUCUCCCUCAUACACCCCGUCAACUAACUACAUGAAAACCACCUGGUGGUUCACACUUACACUCACUCACUCACUCACCCAUUUGACUAUAAGCACAGAAAUACGUAUCUUAAUCUUAAAAUAAUGAUUCCUAACUAGUCAUAAGUUUGCAUGUGAUACUCCAAUAUAGAAACUAUGUAUUAUGCCAAAACAAAAGCAUACACAUUGCUAAACUCACAAACUAGUAUUUAGUCACUUAGUAUUUAGUCAACUUACUCCACGAUUUGUAAUAAUUUAGGGUUAAGAAUUAAUCUAAGUUCGCCCGAAACGCCUAGCCAUGCUAGGUGUUCUAGUGGCCCCCUCUGUAAUUAGUAUUUUAUUACAUGUAAACCACACAAUAACCAAAAUCGGGUUGACCGUCAGACAUUGUCACACACUGGUCGCUCAACGGGCGCUGGCGACGGAGUGUUGUGCUCGCUCUCUGUGUGAGUGUCUCCUUUCCUUUCGUGCGCUCAUUUACCCUGGAUAUAUUUGACAAAAUGGAGUCUGAAUCGGUUGUAACAGGAGUUCAAGCCAACGACGGCUCUAACGUUGAGUGGGACACCUCUCCAGCGGACGCCUCUAGCUCGGGGGCAAUCGACCUGCGCUGUAUUAUAAACCCUUUGGUUGACCUGAUCUACUGGCGUGAUUUGAAGAAGACUGCUGUAGUUUUUGGAGCAUUCCUUGCGCUCCUUAUAUCUCUGGCCUAUGUAUCCUUAAUUUUUGUAGUGUCCUACACUUCGCUGAUCGUCCUUACUGUAACCAUUAUCUAUAGAGUUUACAAAAAUAUUAUGCAGGCAAUUCAGAAGCCUCAAGAUGGACACCCUUUCAAGAGCCUCCUGGAAUUGGAUACUGACCUACCUCAAGAAAAGGCACGUGAUUUCAGUGAUGCCUUUGUGAAUUGGUUCAACCCUGUCUUUUCUGAAAUCAAACGACUUUUCCUUGUGGAAGAUCUUGUUGAUGUCAAAUUUGGUUGCUUGCUUUGGUGUCUGACAUACGUUGGGUCUUGGUUCAACGGACUGACCUUGGUAACCCUGGCUGUGGUAGCACUCUUUACUCUCCUCAAGGUGUACGAACAAAACCAGGCUCAGAUUGAUCAGUAUGUGGGCCUUGUUCGCAACCAGGUGAACGAUGUCAUGUCGAAGGUAAAGGCUGCUCUUCCGAUUGGAAAUAAAGAAAAGACCCAGUAAGAAUGUUAGUCACGUGUGAUAUCCUGUGUGCAUCUCUGUUUGUGUGCUACAUCGAACCACUGGUGCGUUGCAGCAUCUGCACCAACUUCGACAUCUGCGUAUUCUCGUCAGUAUGCGAAGAGUGAUCCCGGUGGAGAACCAACCUAGUGUUGUAGCCAACUGUGCACUACUCCCUUCCUUCACAAUAUGUUUUAUGCUGGGAAUAUACCAUAUUGUAAUUAAUCCUGAUAGUAUGUGGACUUUGUUAAAUUGCUAAAAGCUUUAUCGUUUAUAACCUGAUAUACAAGUUAAUUAAAAAGACUGAAACCCAGCAAGCUGUUCUUGUGAGGUUUAAGGAGAUUAGAGACUACUACUUUGUGAAUAAAGAGGCACAUAAUGAAUGAAAUUGCCACUUCCAGCUGAUACUACUAGUGCUAUUGAGAUGCUCAGUUGAUGCUAUCGUGCCUCUUGUCACCCUAUUUCUGAUUCUCACCUUUGCUUGCUUGUCUUGGUCAGAAGAUUGUGUAGCAUUGAGGGCAUACAUAAUAUAUUAGGUGUUCUGUAUGUGUACUCGAAACAUCGUGAAUACUGAAAUGCUGUCAAACCCCCCCCCCCUCCCCACUCCCUAUACAACACAAUCAAGGGUGAGGAAUAGUCCAAGAUACACCACUCUACUGUAUAGUCGUUGCAUAACUGUUUUCUGUAGAAUAAAUUUUCUUGAUUUUUAACACUAGAGACUUGAAGGGCGUAUCAAUGCAAUCACGUUAAGUUGGUUUAGUUCUUACAUGCUUGGAUAUGACUGUCUCAUGGUUAAUGUAGAAAAUUGCCAUAUAGUGCAAGAGAUAUGUUGCCAUUCGUCACUCUUCUGAAAUCUGUCCUCAUAGUUUAUAAUCUUAAUGUUUUUUUUAUUUUUAUAUAGAAAUUGAUAUCUGUUGUACCCACAUGCAUAUACUUUUAUAAAUAUGCAAAUAGUUUUGAUUUUUAUAUAUAAUCACUUCCAUAAUUAUGUAUGGGAAAACCUGCUUCCAUUUUUGAUGGGUGUUCUCUUGUGUCUGAAGUGAGAAAUUUUCCUCCAAACUUUGAUAGUGUUGUUGCUUGCCACAGCUGUUUAAUUAAAGAGUUUCAGUAUACAUUUUCAGUGUCAUCAUAAAUAUGAAGGCAAGGAUUCAGAGGCAAUAUAAAUUUAAGGUUUCAUUUAUGCAUUGAACAGUAGAGGAACAUUCAUGAAUCCCUACUUUAUGAAAUAUUUAACAGAACACAAUUGUGGAGAUGCAAACAUGUGAAGAUUUUAUUUAUAUUUGGGAAAUGGGUAGGAAAACAAAUAUAAAAAAAAGGAAAAAAAAUCUCUGAAAAGGUUUUCUAAACACCUGUAAGUGUUCUUUCAUAUUGCAUGUUACUGUCACAAACAGUAAACUUGCUGUACUACCAAAUAAAACAUCAGUGAUAAAAAAA